AUGAGGGCUGUAUUACUUGGAAUACUGGUGUUAUUCAACUUUGGCGUUUACGCGUUGGAUUACAACUUUAAAGGAGAAAUUAGAAACUUUGUUGUUGGACAGGGUAAGGUGUACGUUGUUACCGACUCUCGCCUCCACCAGAUGCGUCUCGAUCUAGUAGAGGAAAAGUUUAAGGAUUUACCAAACCAUACACAUCCAAACAAAGUUAAUAUUUUAUUGCCUUUCGACGCUAAUGGUACACUGAUUGUCUGUGGAAGUGAUACAAGUGGAUAUUGUGAGGUCCUCGAUAUAAAUGACAUAACCAAAACUAUCUACAGAGAGGCUCUGUCAGUUGUACCAUUAGUGGAUAAAUCAUCGAUGGCAUUCCUUGUCGAUUUUGAUCAAAGUAACGGAGUACAAUCCAGGGGUACAUAUUUGUUGGUUGCCGGGGAGAAUGAAGACAAGGCAAAAAAAGAUACAGGGUGUAACUUCCAAGGAGGUGUAACCUUGUGGAAUACUCUACACUCCCAGACGGGCGAUAUUUUCUCUACAACAGCCAGUGAACCAACCGACUCAUGUGUUAUAGUUAAGGAUGUUGAGUGGGUGGACGGGUUUCAAACAUCUUCGCACUCUCACUCGUACUUAUUUCUCAACAUUAAGUCUGCAACAGCACCGAGUGUUGUGCUCUUAAGGAUGCAUAACAGCCGCAAAAAAUCAGACAUGACCAGAUCCCUGAAAGGUGCGCGGUUAAAGUGUUGUGAGGAUAAACCCCGCCGCAAGCUCUUGUCCUCUGCCGUUAUCUCCUCUGGGACCCCUCUUUUAUGGGUGGGAAUAUUCACUGGGCAAGAAGAGCACGAUGACACUGCUUUGGCUAUAUUCGACAUCAGCGAUCCAGGAAACCAAGUUCCUUCAGAUUUCGAAUGUAAUCCAAAGUGUGCAGAGGUUAAAAGGGACAAGGUAUUAAAGCCACAGUCUGAGGUUUUCAAAGUUAGUUCAAUGACCUCUGUGGCGGCACAAAAAAAAGGAUCGUGGAUUGUCCUGUACAUUGGAACAGGAAAUGGUCAGCUGAUUAAGCUUGUAUUGGAUAAGUCUUUCAGACCAGGAUGUAUGAAGGUGCUAUACAGAUCUGAUGAUGACAGAAUGCUGUUUUCCAGAAUGUACUUUGACCCAGUGGAUCAUAAAUGCAUCUACAUAGCUUUGAGAAAUCAAAUCCGGCGAGUGGCAGUAACUCAGUGUGGCAUGUACAGCACAUUGAGACACUGCAGGUCCUCUCAGGACCCUCUCUGUGGCUGGUGUAUGAACACAAGCAAAUGCUCUACCCAGGAUGAGUGUUCAAACUCUACUUGGAUCUCAAUUCCAGAUGAUUCUUUUCAGAAAGAGCUGAUUUCUUUUCAGGUGGCAAAGCACUCUGGAAAUUCUGAGGCAGGCAUGGAUGUCCCUUAUUCAAAAUACACAUCGGCACCGACAGAAAAGUGGACCUCUUCUGAACGGUUCUGCAGCAGUGGAAGUCAAGACGUUGACCUUAUGGGAGCCAUUAGAAAGAUGAAUGCAGGACAUAAGAAGAAUAAUUUUGUUCAGCUCACUGUGACUCUUCACUUAAGUGUGGAAGCCACGGGACAUUGUCCCUUAUCAUGCACCUUCAAGAGUGGAAGUAAGGAUCUGUGUGACAGCCUUCCUACUGCAGUUUUCCCCAAAUGUUCCUGUAGUUUCUCCAGCCAGGACCUGCCAUCUAAAGGACUCCAAGUCACAGCAACUGUCACUAUUGGAGAUGAGACUCUCACAGAAAGCCUGAAACUGAGAAAUUGCCCAGACAUCUCAGAGAGCUCACCAUAUGCUAAGUGCACUGCCUGUGUCUCAUCUGGGUGUCACUGGAACUCCAGUAACCAGACAUGUACCUGGAAUCAUGGGUCUGCACCACAGGUGCACAUGGAGGGUAUGUGUAAACAACUAACUGCUAGGAAGAACUACACACCAGAGAUCAUUUCUCUGUGGCCUAGUCAGGUCUCUUUUCAUGGCAAAAACAAUGCAGUGAUGAAGGGGAAAAAUCUGGAACAAGUUGUGAAAAUUCUCCUCCAAGGAAUCAUGGCCUGCAAUUCAAAGGAAAUUCCUGUGUUAGAACGCUCCACUGACACUCUGAGGUUCCACAUUCCAAAUGGAAAUAAAGGAGCUGUCAGGGUGUGUGUGGUGACAGCAGACGGAAGUUGUCAUAGCAACGCCACCAUCACCUAUGGCUCCCAGCCUACGUGUACUGGACUGCAGCCUAGAAUCACAUGGGCCAGUGGUGAGCGGCAGAUUCAUGUGCUGGGGACCAAUUUGGAGUAUGCAGAGGCAGUCACUGUUCAUUUAUCGUCCAAAGAGAUUAUACUCAACUCGGCCAACAAGUCCUUUUGGUUCCACUCUGACAUUAUGAGAGAAUACCAGGCACCAGGGCCAUUCAGUGUAUCACUCAGAGUGGGAAACAUAACAGUGCCCUGCGCAGAAACUCUCUACUACCACCCAGAUCCAGAAUUCACCAGCUUUGGCACAUCUCUGGAUGACAAUGAUGUGCUCAUCACCAUACAGAAAAAUGAAGACAGGUUGAAUUUAAGUAUGAAGGAGGUGAAUGUGUUAGGGCUGCAGAAAGAGGAGCCGUUUCCGUGUUUGAUACUAGAGAUUAAGUCCACUGCUGUCCUUUGUAAGAUUGUUGGAGGAAAGGCAAUCAGCGUGGACUCACUGAGGAUUGAGUUUGGCAGUAUUAAAAAAACUCUACAGAUGAAAACAUUUGUACAUAAAAAACAUUUGUACAUACCUGUCAUAUUAAUCGUUUUGAUUCUUCUUGGUGCUAUUGCAGGAGGCUUGGCUGUGCGUCAUCUUUGGGGCAGAGAGACUGCCCAGCAGGGGAGGGAUGACCCUGCAGAAAGACAGCCUGGGUGAUCUAUAGAGUAACUCAACUUGGUUGCAUCUUUGCAUCUGACAUUGAGCCAUAUUGCUGAAAAGCAAAUCAUACAUCACUGAAGAACAAGACGUGUGUUGAAGGCCAGUUUGGGACUGUUUUUUGUUUUUUUACAUUUCUGUGCAAUUGAGCAAUAAAGGGAGAGGGAGGUUGUGAGAAGUGUUCUUGUUUAAGAGGACUGUGACUAGGGAAAAAGGAGCUGUUCAGGUGCUGACUGGUGUGGUAUCUCAGGACUCUUAUCCUCAGUUUCUUCUGGGAGGGGAACCAUUGGAAGAGAGAGUAGUUGGGGUGUGAGGGGUUGGCCAUCAUGUUUCUCGCUCUCCUCUUUACCCUUGAUGAGUAAGGGUGAGAAGAUGACAAAGAUUAAUAGUCUUCUCUGCACUUCUCUCUCUCGUGCUCUCUCUGUCUCUCUCAUUUAUAUAUAUAUAUAUAUAUAUCUCUAUAUCUCUAUAUCUCUGCACUUCUGAAAAGAAGCUGACCUUCUUUUGCAAUGCUUAUUGCAGCCAAAUACUUAACCAUUUCUAAUUGUGUUUACUUGUAAUAUUAUACUAACCAGCUAGGUGGAAAUAUAUUAAUUGAUUUUAGUAGUUGUAGCUUUAAAUUUAAAGUAUAAAAGUAACUGUCCAAAAAAUCAACUGUCAUAGUUGUGGAUAAUGCAUUUAAUUUUUCAUGUUAUGUUCAUUUAUUGUGGUAUGCAACAACUUUGAAGGCCAUGUGGUACGAAGUGUUUCAAGACUUUUAUAUUUUUCAUUUGUUACUUUAUUCAUUUGGUACUUUAUUCCUCUUCAUUCAUGGUAAACCUCCCAAGAAAGCCAACCCCCUUUAUAUGGAUGGAAUAAAGAAGAAUAAUAUGCAAAAUCCAAAACAGACAUGUCCCUUCCCCUGGACCUUUAGUUAAAAAUUCCAAGUGCAGUUUCGUGAAAUAGGUUAAGUGGGGACUUCGUUUAGUAUGGUACGAAAACAACGAACAUACUUUACACAAGAAGAAACAAAAAAAAUAAUUUUGUGAAGAUUAAACCACAUGAUUUC